AGUUUCACUUUUCAUUUCCAUCUAAUACCAAGUGACAAGCAUUAGCAAAAAUAAUGGCAAAUCAUUUCCAUUUACAUAAGACUUUAGAGUCUACCAUGUCUACUUUGGAAAAACCGGAGUAUCGAGCAAUUCCUGCUGUUAAAGAAUUAUUAACAAUGUAUGAAACAACUCGGCAAGAAUUAGAAAACAAAGUAGGAGCGAAGAAGCAUUCUUUUAUCGUCUUAGAAGGUUUGGACGGUUCAGGAAAAUCUACAGUAGCUAGAAUUUUAGCCAACAGACUAAACGCAAGAUACUGGCAAUCGCCUACAAAGCGCAUAAAGAAUUCAAAAGAUUUUUUACACCAAGAUACCCUCAUACAAUUGAGAAACGCUUUCUACUCUUUAGGAAACUACAUUGCAGCCCUGGAAGUUCGAGCAUUGCUGCCGGAUAGCCCUGUUAUAAUGGAUAGGUUCUGGCAUUCUACUAGCGCCUUUGCGAUCGCCAGAGCCGGCCCUUUGGAGAUUGAAAUGCCAUCGAAAAUCUACGAGUGGCCCGAGGACUUGCUAAAGCCGGAUUUGGUGCUGUUGUUGGAUCUGGACGAGGCCGUUCGUUGGGAGAGAAUUUCGCAUAGAGUUCAUUUAACACCGCAGGAGUUGUUACUGGAAUGCGCCGAAUAUAGGGAGAAAACAAAUUUGCCUGUUGAAGACCAUUCAAUCUUCUACAAUCCAAUAAGCGAUCACGUUAAUAAUUUACUAACAAUGAAUUUAUUUUUUAAAACUUUUAUAUUCCUCAACAUUCUACGAAAUUUCGAUUGUUUGAUUCUACAGCAAGGGAAAACCAAUGUGGUUCAUAAAGAUGUAAAUGAUACUGAUUUGCCGAUAUUAUAUCCUCGAGCUGCUACAAUUUUAAAAUUAUUUGAGGAACCGCAAAACGAAAAUUACCAAGGGGUGCGCGAAUUACUAGACUAUUACCACAAAGCCGAAAUGAAGAAAAACGAAUUCUUAUCAUCAGGAGGAGCUAAAAAACAUCCACUCAUACUACUAGAGGGUUUAGCAGGUUCAGGCAAAACUACUAUAUCAGAAGCUUUGGCGAAAUUAAUCAACGGUACUCAAGUGCAUUCUCCAUUGCACACCUUAAAGAAAUUCGAGAUUAAUUUCUUCCAUAACCGCCUCCUUAACAACGCCUACCAACAGCUAGCACAAUACCUCACAGCUAUGGAAAUUCUCCCGCUGUUGCAAAACGGCCCAGUGGUACUAGACAGAUAUUACCCUUCAACGACCACUUACUGCAUUGGUCGAUUGAUGUAUUACAGACCUAAGGAGUACUCUAUGCCUCCCAAGGGAGCCGAAAUUUACAACUGUCCUGAGGAUUUGAUGAGGCCCGAUAUUAUGUUUUUUCUAGAUGUAGAUGAGGAGGAAAGGGUUAGAAGGUUGUUAUAUAGGACAAAGAAACUUGAUGCAAAACUAGGCGCUAAUGAAAAGUUUCUGCUAAAUCAUUCGGACUAUAGGCAAUAUGUUUUGUUGGCUUAUAAGAAUUUGGACAAUCCUCCUAUGAUAAUGGUGGACAAUAAUUUACCGUUAACAGAAGUUGUAGAUGAUGUUUAUAAGAAAGUUUUGCCGCUGUUAAAAUAGGCUUUAACGUUGUAUAUUAUGUUUGUUUUGUUGUUAGAUGUUUUAAUUUUUCUCGGAAUAAAGAGAUGCUUUUAUACCUUUCAAAGCCAG